UUCAAGUGGAAGCCUGGAUUGUGAACAAUCUGUGGAGAUAACAGAGGCACACAGAUUGAGGUACGUGAGGUUGCAUGCGACCAAGAUAUGGUGAUAACAAUCGUGAGAACCAGUUGUGAUAAAGCCACGUGGCAGUGGGGUUGCAUGUGAAGUUGGUGAUGGUUGUAAUCACAAGCUCCUUAUCGUUAUCACCAAAGAACAAGAAAAAUCCAUCAACUUUGCAAGCAAGAGGAGAAUGGCGUUGAUUCAUGUGGCAGUGUUGAACACCUCAUUCUUCUGGAAACAGCCAGUCCUGAAGGCAUUCCCGAACGCUAACGCCAUGUUUGGUGUGAAAGGAGGAAGUGAGGGUCGUGUGAGUGCCAUGGCCAGUUACAAGGUGAAGCUGAUCACACCAGAAGGAGACAAAGAAUUUGAAUGCCCAGAUGAUGCUUACAUUCUUGACCAUGCUGAGGAAAUAGGCAUUGAUCUUCCUCACUCGUGCAGGGCUGGUGCUUGUUCUAGCUGUGCUGGCAAAGUUGUGGCUGGCCAAGUGGACCAGACAGAUGGUAGUUUCCUUGAUGAAACUCAAGAGAGUGAAGGCUUUGUUCUCACCUGCAUCGCUUACCCCACUUCAGAUGUUGUUAUUCUCACUCACAAGGAGGAGGAACUCACUGCCACUGCUUGACUCAUUCAGUUUCUUCCUUUCUUUUCUGUCUUGUUCCAUUUU